UAGACGUCAGAUCAGCAAAAAACAGGGCAAGUGUUUAAAAUAAUCUCUGUUUUGAAAGCUUCCUGCCUUUCUGUCACAAUAUUAACCUUCCGCAAGGAAACCACCCAACUGACCUUCUCCCAGGGUUGGCUUCUGGACUCUUAUUUUCUUGGCCAUGGCUACUUCUGAUAUCCAAGUGAAGGAGCUGGAGAAGCGAGCCUCUGGGCAGGCCUUUGAGCUGAUCCUCAGCCCCCCCUCGAAAGAGGCUGUGGCAGAAUUCCCUCUGUCUCCCCCAAAGAAGAAGGAUGUGUCAUUGGAAGAGAUCCAGAAGAAGCUGGAAGCAGCAGAGGAGAGACGCAAGUCCCACGAGGCAGAAGUGCUGAAGCAGCUGGCAGAGAAGCGGGAGCAUGAGAAGGAGGUGCUGCAGAAAGCCAUCGAGGAGAACAACAACUUCAGCAAAAUGGCAGAGGAGAAGCUGACCCACAAAAUGGAAGCCAACAAAGAGAACCGUGAGGCACAAAUGGCUGCCAAGCUGGAGCGCUUGCGGGAGAAGGACAAGCAUGUGGAAGAGGUUCGAAAGAACAAAGAAGGGAAAGACCCCGGCGAGGCCGAGACCGACUGACUCCGUUCUGGAAACUGACUCUCCCCCUCCUCCAAAUAUCCAAAGACUGUACUGGCCAGUGGUUUUAUCUUUGGUUUUGGUUCGGUUAUAUAUUUGGUUUUUAAGUUUCUUAGAAACUGAUGUAGAACUGUAAAAUUAGAUUCAAACUGUACACUUGCUUUGGGGGCUAGAGGGGAGACCUUCCAUGUGUCACUUUUCUAAAGUGUUGUCUUUUCCAGUGUAGCUUUUUCUUCUUGUUGCAUCCUUUUCUACGCCAGUGCCCUCGCUCCUGGGUUGAUGGCGGGUACUGUAUCAGCUCUGUAAGACCUUUGUGCAAGGAAUCUGUAGUAACUGUUCCAUGCUGAAUAUCUGUUACACUUCAAACAAAAAUCUCUGACUGUCCCAGUCUGCUAAAAUACUGCUGUAACCGAGUGACUCAAUAAAGCUGCACAGUGCUGUUA